GAACGCUAGCCUCGAGCUAGUCCUGCUUAGUUCCUAGAAGCCUCCAUUUUGUUACUUACUUUGGAGGACUAAUUCUUCAAGCAGCUUCCAUCUCAACAUCCACCUAAUGAAGCCAAGCCAGUCCCCAUUUCUGUGGCUCUUAGCCACUCCGCAGGAUUUCGUUCUUCACUCCACACUCCCAACUACUCACUCCCCCCCUCCCUGCUUCUAUAUAUACACACACCAUUUCCCCCACUCUCUUUGCUCAACCCAGCUUCAUCUCAAGCCCAGUUUCAGCUUCUUCUUCUUCCUCGGCUAAAGUUUCCUUCCGCAGAUUUCACUGCCUUCUCAAAUGGCCGCCGCCGUCUCCACCGUCGGCGCCGUCAACCCAUCACUGUUGAAUUUGAAUUUGAAUGGGGCUGGUGCUGGAAAUUCUGCUCAAAGCACAGCCUUCUUCGGCAAUGGCUUGAAGAAAACGAGCGCGAAGGCCAGCAGCCCAAGGAUUUCAUCCGGCAACUUCAAGGUUGUGGCAGAGGUGGAUGAGAAGAAGCAGACAGACAAGGACAAAUGGAGUGGCCUGGCGUACGACACCUCCGACGACCAGCAGGAUAUAACCAGAGGAAAGGGCAUGGUGGACUCUCUCUUCCAGGCUCCAAUGGACUCUGGAACUCACUACGCUGUGAUGAGUUCCUACGAGUACAUCAGCACGGGUCUUCGCCAGUAUGACUUGGACAACAACAUGGAUGGCUUCUACAUUGCUCCUGCUUUCAUGGACAAGCUGGUUGUUCACAUCACCAAGAACUUCCUCAGCCUGCCUAACAUCAAGGUUCCUCUUAUCCUCGGUAUCUGGGGCGGUAAAGGUCAGGGAAAAUCCUUCCAGUGUGAACUUGUCUUUGCAAAAAUGGGAAUCAACCCAAUUAUGAUGAGUGCUGGAGAAUUGGAGAGUGGGAACGCUGGAGAGCCGGCAAAAUUGAUCAGGCAGAGGUACCGGGAGGCAGCAGACAUCAUCAGGAAAGGAAAAAUGUGCUGCCUUUUCAUCAAUGAUCUUGAUGCGGGGGCUGGCAGACUGGGUGGAACUACCCAAUACACGGUGAACAACCAGAUGGUGAAUGCCACCCUUAUGAACAUUGCUGACAAUCCCACAAAUGUUCAGCUUCCUGGCAUGUACAACAAGGAGGAGAACCCCCGUGUCCCGAUAAUUGUCACCGGGAAUGACUUCUCCACAUUGUAUGCUCCUCUGAUCCGUGAUGGUCGCAUGGAGAAGUUCUACUGGGCUCCUACUCGGGAAGAUCGGAUUGGUGUCUGCACCGGCAUCUUCAGGACUGACAAUGUGCCCCAAGAUGACAUUGUCAAGCUUGUUGACACUUUUCCAGGGCAAUCCAUAGACUUCUUCGGUGCCCUGAGGGCGAGGGUGUACGAUGAUGAAGUGAGGAAGUGGAUUUCGGGCGUUGGAGUAGAGAACGUAGGGAGAAAGCUUGUGAACUCGAAGGAGGGACCUCCAACUUUCGAGCAGCCAAAGAUGACCCUCGAGAAGCUGCUCGAGUAUGGAAACAUGCUCGUGCAGGAGCAGGAGAACGUGAAGAGAGUGCAGUUGGCUGACAAGUACUUGAGCGAGGCAGCCCUGGGAGACGCCAAUGAAGAUGCCAUGAAAAGAGGAACUUUCUAUGGGAAAGCAGCCCAGCAAGUAAACCUUCCAGUCCCUGAAGGCUGCACCGAUCCUUCUGCAACAAACUAUGAUCCAACUGCUAGGAGUGAUGAUGGAAGCUGCUCGUACACAUUUUGAUUUCACAAAUUGCAACUUGUAAUUGUCAAAAAAAGGAAAAAAAAAAAAAAUCCAUGGAGUUAGCGCGAAAACCGAGUCUGAUCCGGGUCCUUAAUCCGUUGUUUCCUCCUAAUGUCCUGUUUUAUGUAGCAGUGUACCCUUCUUAUCUCAGUCUUCACUAAUUUUGAAAGGCUUCUAUUCUAUGCU